ACAGGGACUGUACAUUAUCUGCCAUGUAGGCAAAGUGUACAGCACAUAUGAUUUUUCUUUUUAACCCACCCUAAAUCCUUGUUGAUUGCCAAGGUAAAUUGGUAUGUUUAAACUGAGCAAUCACCAAACUGUGCUGUACACUGGAAUUCUCAACCAACAAUUAAUUUACUGAUUUUUUUUUUUACUGAUUUCAUAAUUUUGCUGAUCCAUAUUAAUUUGUUUAAUGUAAUUCAUAGCUUUACUGAACUUAUUUUGAAUCCUUAUACUCUCUUUAGUUUUUUCCAAUGCAUUUAUGAAUCAUUCAUUGUGCAAUAUUUAGCAUCAUCAUGCUUAAUCAUUUAUCAUUACUGAUAAAUAAGCUUUCUUUUUUUCAUGGUAAUUUUUAGGAGUCCUGCUGUUAAUGGCUCUCGCUGCUCUGGAAGAGUGGAGGUUCUUCAUGGUGAGAGCUGGUUCACAGUGUGUGAUGCUGACUUUAACCAGCAGGAUGCAGAGGUUGUGUGUCGAGAGCUGGGCUGUGGUUCUCCUGUGGAGAUUCUGGGAGCAGCUGCUUUUGGUAGAGGGGAGGGUCCGGUGUGGUCAGAGGAGCUUCAGUGUAGAGGCAGCGAAUCACAGAUUCACUUCUGUCCAAAAUCAUCUUUACUCAAACACAACUGCUCCCAUGAUAAUGAUGUGGGACUGGUGUGUUCUGGCAGUGUGAGGUUGGUAGAUGGUGACAGUCGCUGUGCUGGGAGAGUGGAGGUUCUUUAUAGAGGACAGUGGGGAUCAGUGUGUGGUAAUAACUGGGAUAUGAGAGAUGCUGCAGUGGUGUGUAGAGAGCUGGGCUGUGGAGAAGCUGUAGAUACAUAUCAUGAGUCUUACUUUGGAUCAGCAUCAGGACCAAUCUGGAUGGAUAAUGUGCACUGCAGUGGCUCUGAGUCUACACUGAGGAACUGUGAAUCAGCAGGAUGGGGUAAACAUAACUGUGAUCAUUCUAAAGAUGCUGGAGUCAUCUGUUCAGGAGUCCGGGUGGUUGGUGGUUCUCACUGUUCUGGGAGAGUGGAGGUUCUUCAUGGAGAGAGCUGGGUCACAGUGUGUGAUGCUGACUUUAACCAGCAGGAUGCAGAGGUUGUGUGUCGAGAGCUGGGCUGUGGUUCUCCUGUGGAGGUUCUGGGAGCAGCUGCUUUUGGUAAAGGGAAGGGUCAGGUGUGGUCAGAGGAGCUUCAGUGUAGAGGAGAUGAAUCUGAGAUUACUCUCUGUCCAAUAACCUCUUCACACAAAUACAACUGCUCUCAUGGUAAUGAUGUGGGACUUGUAUGUUCUGGUCAUACUCAGGCUCGGCUGAUGAACGGCUCAGACUCUUGUUCUGGUCGAGUGGAGCUCCAGUACCUCAGUGAGUGGGGUACAGUGUGUGAUGUAAGCUGGGAUAUGAGAGCUUCCAGUGUCCUCUGUGCUCAGCUGAAGUGUGGGAGUGCUGUGGCUGUGUUGGGGUCAGACUGGUUUGGGGAGGGGAGUGGCCGGAUCUGGGCGGAUGUGUUUGAUUGUCAGGGGAACGAAACACACCUGUUAAAGUGUCCCAUUUCAUCAUGGAGUCGAACUGCAUGCUCUCAUAAACAGGAUGUUGGACUCAUCUGCAGUGGUUCUUCUCUGGCGUCUCAUGAGGGUGUAGUGAGAUUGACUGGAGGGAUGGAGUGUGAGGGCGAGGUAGAGGUUUUCUUCAGGCAGGACUGGAGGAGAGUUCUGCUGGACUCCUGGAGUGAGUCUGAGGCCUCUGUGGUCUGCAGACAGCUGGGCUAUGGUUCUGUACUCAACAUCUCCAGCUCCUCUUCAUCCAGUCCUGAACACAGCUACAUGUGUGUGACGGGUUUCAACUGCUCUGGGAGUGUAGCUCAUCUGAGGAACUGCAGCAGCUCACAAGCAGUUAACUGCAGCUCCACGGAACAGCUCUACAUCACCUGCUCUGGCUACAGCUUCAUCAGGCUGGUUGGUUCUGGGGGAGACUGUGCUGGAAGGCUGGAGGUUUUCCACAGUGGAUCAUGGGGGACAGUGAGUGAUGAAUUGUGGGAUAUUGAGGAUGCGCAGGUGGUCUGCAGACAGCUGCAGUGUGGAGUCGCCCUCAGUGCUCCAGUACCAGUACCAGCCCGGUUUGGAUCUGGAACUGGACCCAUAUGGCUGAAUGAGGUGGAGUGUGAGGGGAACGAGGCGUAUCUGUGGAACUGCAGAUAUCAGCUGUGUGGAGAGGAUGAAUGUGGACACAAGGAUGAUGUAGGAGUCGUCUGCUCAGAGUAUAAAGAGAUCAGACUGACUGAGGGCUGUGAGGGGAAUCUGGAGGUGUACUAUAAUGGAACCUGGGGGAAUGUGUGUGUAAAUGGGAUGACUGAUGAAACGGCAAAAUUGAUCUGUCGAGAGCUGAACUGUGGAAGAACUGGCAGUGAGUCUUGGUCUAAAGCAAGAGUGGAAUCAGCUCCUAACUGGCUGGAUAAUGUAAAAUGUAGGAAACAUGACUCCACUCUGUGGCACUGUCCAUCUUCUUCCUGGGGGGAGAACAGGUGUGAUAAUCGCAAUGAGGUUGCUUGCAUUACCUGCUCAGAGAAUGGAAAUACACUAGAUUUGACAAAUUGGCUGUGUGAUUCAUCUCCUCAUGAGAGACCGUGCUCAAAGCACAUUCCUCUGAGGCUGAGGGGAGGAGUAGGAAGCUGUUCUGGAUGGCUGCAGGUGUAUCAUAAUAAAACAUGGGGGUCUGUAUGUGGUGAUCUGUGGGACAUCAGGGAUGCUCAGGUGAUCUGCAGGCAGCUGGGUUGUGGGCCGGCGCUGAGUGCUAAUAGAAGAGCUGCUGAUGGUUCUGGUGGAGGAACUAUCUGGAUGAACAGAGUGAAGUGUAGAGGGAAUGAGAUUCACCUGUGGGACUGUCCUCAUUCCCUGAAGAACCACACUGACUGCUCCCACAGUGCUGGAGUCACUUGUGGAGGCUUCCUGUAUCAUACUUUGCCUUUAAAUAAUAAAAGAGGACAGAUGGGACAUUUUGUCUUGCAAGAUUCUCAACCACAGACAAGAAGAAUCAUACUUCCACAAACUCCUCCACCAGCUGUUCCCUCCAUCUAUCCAGUGUCUCUCCUGGUUCUGGGAUCUGUGCUCUUCCUGGCCUUAGUGCUUCUGGUUGUGCUGUUUUAUCAGAACAGAGUGCUCAGGAGAGUGAUCUCUAAGAGGAGGAAGACUUCAGCUGAGCCUGUCUAUGAGGAGAUUGACACCAGGCUCAUCCCUAAAAGAAUUACUGUCUCAACUGAAACCUCCUUCUGCUGAUCUUCCUCUUUCGGGUGGGGAUGGAGACGGUGGAGAGGGUGGUGAGCUUCCUGAGGGCUUUGAGGAUAGUUAUCCUGGUGCGUGUCUUUCGUCUGGCCUCUCAGAAGAAAGAUCUGGAGAAGGUCACUAGAAGAAAGGUAUCUGAGAACAAAAGGCGGUAACAAAAAGGAUGGAUUUGAUUUGGAUCUCACCUAUGUCACAGCAGGCACUCUACAGAAAUCCCAUAAAAGAAGCUGCCAUAUUUCUGGACACAAAGCAUCCCGAUCAUUACAGAGUUUACAAUCUCUGCAGUCAAAAAGGCUACGAUCCACUGUUCUUCCAUUACAGAGUGCAACGAGUGAUGAUUGACGACCAUAACGUACCGUCAUUAGACCAACCCACUCGUUAGGACUCCCCCUAUCACUAGUAAUGCCCCAACACACCAGGAGGAUGAAGACUAGCACACUCUUUCUCCGAUACAUGUGAAGUCAGCCACCGCUUCUUUUCGAGCUGCUGCUGAUGCAGCAUUGCCAAGCAGCCAGCACAUUUGGAGGAAAGCGCAGCGGCAGGUGAAGUGCGUAAUAUGGACAGUGUGCACUUUGCACUUGUGCAACUUUUUUUUAAAAACAGUUUGAUUUGUUUCUGCUAUAUUUUGAUUCAUAGCUUUAUAUAAAAUGAAAAUAACUUAUAACUAUAUUAUUUUCUUUAGCCCGAGGAACCUGAGGAAAGUGGUGGGAAAUCUCGAGCCAGGUCAGACCUUGGGUUGGGUUUGGGCAGAGAACCUAAGCUCUUAUUCACAUAUUGAACUUUGUGUUAUUGUGUUCUCAGUGACAUGUUGAACUACACUGCCAGUUUGAGGGAAUGUCAUUGCCAUCCACUGCAAAGGAGGCAAAGGUGAUGCUGAAGUUUUCACUGAUUUAAAGACAUCAUCAAUGUUUUCUAUAUGUAUUUGAUUUGAUUUUUAGGUUAACCCAUCACCAUAGUUGUUCAGCUGAAUGUCUAAAGCCAUAUCCAAACUGGAUUCACUUAUUCAUUUUAGCUGAGCAGGGUUUUUUUUCACGGGUACGAUGGUGUGUACAUGGUUGAUUGACAGCGUUUAGUUUGAGAGUGCGCAGGUACUGUAUUUCUCCUGAGGUGAGGUGAAUGUGUAUGUAUAUAUUCAGUGUGUCAGAACUGCUCCUUUAGUUUCUGCUGUGCUCAGUUGAAGACUGAGACCAUGUAGUUAAACAUACAGCUCUGGGGAAAAAAAUGGUUUUCAUGCAUCUUGGCAUGUUCUCCUCCACCAGUCUUGCACACUGCUUUUGGAUAAGUUUAUGCCAUUCCUGGUGCAAAAAUUCAAGCAGUUCAGUUUGGUUUGAUGGCUUGAGAUUAUCCAUCUUCCUCUUGAUUAUAUUCCAGAGGUUUUCAAUGAGAUUUUUAAGUGGUUUCUUUUUUUCCCAGAGCUGUAUGUCUGCACUCUCCUACAAAAGUAUUGAAACACUGAGGCCAAUUGAUUUUUUUUUUUCUUCUGCUCUAGUGAAAACAUUUUGGUGUAACAAAAAUAUAAUUUAAAGAUGAAUAUUGAAGACAAAUUGGUAAGUUCGGACAAAAGCUGAAUUGUUGACCUUUUGUCUCCUAUUCAUCUUUUAAUGUCAAACCCAAUUUGUUUUCAGUCUAAAGCAGAAAUAAAGAAAUGAGACUGACUUAUCAAGUACUUUUGGGGGGCAGUGUAUGUUUAGGGGCUGUUUCCUGUGUAGUUCCAAUUAAAAUCUGCAGUCAGUCUGCUCCUUUCAGAGUGACUGCACUGUUAUGUGUAUUGGUUAUGUAAUUUAAUGCUCCUGGGCAUUGCUGUGUUUGUUGUGCAGGUGUGGGAAAGGGCAAUGGCAGUGAUCUGAAGGUGCGGAUCAUAGUGAAAAGAGAGCAGGUGUUCCAGUGUGUCUGUGCCACGCAGACGAACUGUAGGCUGUUCCCAGAUACUGAAAACAAUGCCGUGGUGAUCAGCUUUCAGGAAGGGCCAGUGGUUUGUGGUGAUGUUAAGGUCAUGUUUGAAUCCAGGGCUGGUCUUCCAAAGGGGUAUGAGGACUAUCCUUUCUAUUUCUGGUUCAACACUUCAUUUGUAGAGAACAACAGGCUCUAUCUGUCAAGGGAGGAACUGGACAACCCACGUAAGUCCAAAACCUGGGACAUCUACAAGGAGGACUUUGGUGUGACCGUGUCUUUCAGUGACCCUGCACUUAUGUAGCAGACGACACUUGCUUGUGUAUCUCAACUAAAACCCUUAAGCCCUGCACAAGGUCUAAAUCUUUGCUCUAAUGUCGGUUUUCACACACUUAUAAAAGGUGAGUGAUGUUCAGGGAUUGGAUUCGGGCAUAUUGUGCCCCUAAAGCUAUAGCUAUAUAACCUCAACUUUAUGUCCAUCCCCCAUCUUCACUGUAAGAGCUUUUUACUGAGCCGUGCAUACAUCACAAUAUUAUGCAUUUGUUUGUCAAAUGUUUUUUUGUCUUUAAAUGAAGACAAAUGUUUGUGUCAGUUUAGCAUAUUAUGCUUCCAAAAUGUAAAUCUUACUCUUUAAGCUUGAGUGUACAUCAAAUAAAGCAAUCGAGGCUGCCACUGUGAAAUGGUCAAUGGUUAUGUGUGCAGAAACAUUUUUUUGUAGUACACAUGUAUUGAAA